AUGCCUCAGGAGCAGCCAUGCACCCUCCUAUCCCUGAGGCAAAGAGCUGACUGAUGGCAGUAACCCCUGCAGCUUCCCCACCAUUGCAGGUCCAGGAAGUGGCAAGCAAAUCCUGAUACUGUAACUUUAAGUGGGGGACUCCCCCCCCCCCAGCAACCCUAUGUUGACUACCACUAGGCCCUUUAAAGAGGAAAUGAAAUAGGACUAGGUUGUGGGAGCCACUCUAACUGCUGAUAACAUGAAAGUAAAAACCGCCUGCCAUGAGAACAGAAACAAACGCCGUCCCUGAAACAGAUGUGGCCCAGAUCAGGGCCCUGGUCCUAUUCUCAUCGCUGCUGACCCUCUGUGACUUUAAACACCUAGGUUAUGGAGCCAGCCUGACAUCCCCACUUAUGGCCAUUGCUGCGGUUAUUUCCUUGUCCUUCUAUUUGAUGUCCUGUAAUAAUAAACACACGGUGAAAGAGUUCACGGAAAUUGGAACUGAACACAGUGAAUCAUCUCCUUUACAAUGGGAGGGCCUCUUAAACUUCUGAUGCUGUCGAGAGACCUGGAUUCAUACUUAUAGUUCCACAAGAGUCUACACUGUGCAGAUCUAUCCAUGGGACAAUUCAAGAGCUACAAGACCCUGACCGUGGGGUUAAUCGUUCUGAUUUUGGUGUUCUAUCUCAUGAUAUCUUGGCCUGAGCCCAUGAACCGUUGGAUCCCACCACCUCAUCGUGCCUCUAAACAUGUCUCUGAGCCCAACAACUGGAACUCUCUCCCUCAAGAACUCACCAACCUGACCAGCCUUCUGUACUGGCCUCCAACUGGUAGCGACAAGGAUGACUUUUUGGCUUCCACCAGCCCCAGAACCUCAACUUACCACUUAAAGGGUCCUGCUCAGGCCAACUAUACUCUGGGAAGUAAUCUAGAGGCCAUUCUUGUGGCUAGGGACCACAAGGGUAGGCCCAAGACUCAUGGUGGAGAUCUGUUCCGGGCACAGCUGUUGGGGCAGGAGUUGAAGGCAGGAGUCCCAGGGGAGGUGAAGGAUCUGGAGAAUGGCACAUACCUCUUGUCCUUCCCCCUGCUCUGGGCUGGACCAGCCCAGGUGCAAGUGAGGCUGAUCCACUCCAGUGAGGUAGUCGGGGUCCUACAGAGAGUCUGGAAAGGAAAACGGGCCACCGUUGACUUUAGGGGGUAUUUUCGAGGCAGGAAUGGCACUCAAGAGACUGUGAUCUGCAAUGUGGACCCCCAGUCAACCGGAGCCCAAGGACCCACCUGCCAGUACAGGGAUGUGGUCUCUGGGGAGCUCUGGUUCUGUGCUCAACCCUCUACUCUGCCCUGCGACGCUUUAGUCGGUCACUCCAGUGGGAGUUACCUGAAGGUGACCACACGGCAUGAUGAAGAACUGAUGGCUGGGAGUGUGACUGACCAGCCACUCCCUUCAGGCAUAUCUCCCAUCCUGGUGACACCAGCAGCCAUUGGGAACAUGAGUGAUGUGGCCCUGCCCUCUCGGCCCCCAUGCCGCCCUGGCCACCUGUCUCCAAAACCCUCUGGCUUCUACUACCAAGACAGAUGGCACUCAACGUUCUGUUCUAGCCGCUCCUUCCCCACUGUGAACAGCAUCCUGAACUGCCUGGCUGGCCGCAUCGUCUACAUGAUGGGGGAUUCCACCCUUCGGCAGUGGUGGGAGUAUCUGCGAGACACAGUGCCCUCUCUGAAGCCAGUUGAUCUACAUGUCCAAUAUCAGGCAGGUCCCCUGAUGGCUGUGGACACAACUCGGGGGACAGUAUUGCACUGGAGGGCCCACAGCUGGCCCCUGCGCUCUCAUCGCACUCCAGUGGCCUCCUUGCACUCUGUGGCCAGAGUUCUGCAUGGCCUGGCCGGGGGUCCCUACACAGUGGUGGUGCUCGGUAUGGGAGCCCACUUCACCACCUUCCCUCCAUCCAUCUUUGCUCGAAGACUGGCAGGGAUUCGGGAAGCUGUGAAAGCCCUGCUGGACAGGGAACCCAGUACUCUGGUGGUUAUCAAACUGGCCAAUACUGGCUACAAAUCCGUGUAUGGCAGUGACUGGCUCACAAUCCAGGUGAACAGGUUCCUCCGAGCUGCCUUUGAUGGUCUCCAAGUGGCCUUUGUGGAUGCAUGGGAAAUGACCUCCAGCUUGGCUGUACCGGACAACAUCCACCCAAAGAGGCUUAUUGUCCGCAAUGAAGUGGAAUUAUUCCUGUCCUUCAUCUGUCCCACCUGAGUGCUCCUGGGGGACCUGAGAAUGAAUGGAGGCAGAGCCUGAGUGGGGGCCAUCAAAAAGAUGGACAGCAAAUGAUGGGUAGCUGAGGCUACCCCUGGCUCACCCACUGUAACACUCGGGUCACCAUAUUUUAUACAUCUUUCUAUGGACCACACGGAUAAGUCUAAUUUUAUAUAAAUGAGAUGAUAUUUUACAUAGUGUCUUUUUUUGAACGUGAAAGGUUGUGUUUGGUGUAUGCACACAUGUGCAUAUAGGUGCCCUCUCCCAUGUGUACACAGAGGCCAGAGGAGAUCUUAGAGUGUCCUGUUCUAUCACUGUCUACCUAAUUCCCUCGAGAGAGGGUCUCUCAUUGGACCUGGAGCUAGGCUGGCAGGCAGAAGCCUCAUGGAUCCUUUUGUGUCUGUCACCCACAGCCCUGGGCUUACAGCACAAAGUUCAUAUCAGUUUUUUUUUAUGUAGUGUUGGGUUUUUACACUCAGGCCCUCAUGUUUGCAUCCUUACCCACUCUUUUUUUUUUUUUUUGGUUUUUUUCGAGACAGGGUUUCUCUGUGGUUUUGGAGCCUGUCCUGGAACUAGCUCUGUAGACCAGGCUGGCCUCGAACUCCCAGAGAUCCGCCUGCCUCUGCCUCCCGAGUGCUGGGAUUAAAGGCGUGCGCCACCACCACCCGGCCCCACUCAUUUUUUUUAAGGCAAGUGUUAGGGUUAUAGAGAUGGCUCGUUUUUUUUUUUUUAUAUUUAUUUAUUAUGGAUACAAGAUUCUGUCUGUGUGUAUGUCUGCAGGCCAGAAAAGGGUACCAGACCUCAUUACAGAUGAUUGUGAGCCACCAUGUGGUUGCCGGGAAUUGAACUCAGGACCUCUGGAAGAGCAGCCAGUGCUCUUAACCACUGAGCCACCUCUCCAGCCCAGAUUUUGCAAUUGUUGAGAAAUAACAGAAAGGGAUCCCUUGUACCUUGUACUGAGUUUCUCCUGAUGACAAUGUCUUGGAGAACUGUGUAUACACAGUCAGGAUGCGAACGUGAGAAGGAGACUAACAGUCUUACCCGGAUGUUUCCACUUUUGUCGGACUCACUCGUGCAUUUGUCUGCUUCUUAAUUUUGUAUCUCUGGGCAUGGAUCCCAGGGCCUGGACAUGGUAGACACUGAUAGAUACCACUGAGCCACACCCCAGCCCCUCACUAGAGUAUAAUGGGUAUGUAAUACAUAGGAGCUGCAUCAAAGCAGGGUUAAAGUACUAAUGACUCUCUGGAAAGAACUCAAGACCACAUUAGAAAGAAGAAAAAUAAAACAAAACAUCUCAUUUAACUUUACUUAAGAUUUAAGUUAAAUCGCCAGGCCACAGUGGCUCACACCUUUAAUUCCAGUACUCAGGAGGCAGAGGCAGGCAGACCUCUGUGAUACCCUCUCCAAGUCAGGAUUUCCAAACACAGUCCUGUCAGUGGUUAGAGUUUCAAUGUCUAAAGUUAGGAAGAUAAGCAAAGCCACACAAAAGAUAAAAUGAGAAAAUUUCCUGGACUCUAGUGUGGCUCCAUUGUGGACACUUGUGUAUGUUAGAAAGAAGAAUGGUCCAUUUCCAAAGUGCCUUAGCUUAGGUCCAGACAAUGAUAACAGAAACCCAGGACCCUGCUAGCAUGCACUAAUCUAACUAGCCCUCAACAAACUACAGGUUUAGAGGAAAAGAGUAACCGUUUGGCGCAGGAGUGAUGGACUCGGUGGUUCACAGCUCUAGCUGCUCCAUCAGCGCGGGUCCACUAGUGUGUCAGCUUCUUCCCUUUUGCUGUGAUGAAAGCAUCUCAGGGAAAAAGAGUCCAAGUGGGAGAGGGAGAAUCUAAAUAGUGGAGCAAGCUGCAGGCAUGGAAGCAGAAGCAGGAAGCGGAGAAAUUACAUUAGGAAGUAGAGACAUAAUUAGAAACGGGGUGAAGCUAUAACCCCCCUAACUCCUCCCCUAAUAAUAUACUUCCUCCAGCAAGGCAGCACCUCCUAAA